CGUCAAUCGCUCUCUGGCUCGACUGCUCCUAGUGAAGCUGAUUCAUCUGAAGCAGGCUUGUCUAAGGAGCAGAAGUUGAAGGCAGAAAGAUUGAAACGUGCAAAAAUGUUUGUGGCCAAGUUAAAACCUGAUGCGCACCCUGUGCAACAAGCUGAACCGUCGCGAAGCAUAUCAGUUGAACCGUUGGACUCUGGGAUUUCUGGAUUAGGUGCUAAUGCUGCCAAAGAAAGAGACAGUAGCUCGAUUCCAUCUGUAGCUGAGACAAAACUAGCAGAUGAUGGUAACAGUGAAAGACGACCAAAGAGGAAUUACCGUUCGAGAUCACAUAGAGAUGAAGAUGUUAAGAUGGAACAAGAAGAAGGAGAAGAGGAAGAGAGCAGCAUGGAUGAAGUGACAGAAGAAACCAAGACUGAUAAGAAGCAUUCAUCUAGUAGAAAACGGCAUAUUAGGCAUAAACAUAAGACACGAUACUCUUCCAAGGACAGACAUUCUCGGGACAAGCACAAGCAUGCGAGCUCCUCGGAUGAUGAGUAUCACAGCCGUUCGCGUCAUAGACACAGAUACAGCAAAUCUUCAGAUAGGCAUGAGCUAUAUGAUUCUUCUGAUAACGAGGGUGAGCACCGACACAGAUCUAGUAAGCAUAGCAAAGACGUUGAUUAUUCUAAGGACAAGCGUAGCCAUCAUCACAGAUCCAGGAAGCAUGAUAAACAUCGUGAUUCAUCUGAUGAUGAACAUCAUCAUUACAACCGACACAGAUCCAGUAGGCGCAAACACGAGGACUCUUCAGAAGAUGAGCAUGGUCAUCGACACAAGUCUAGUAAACGUAUAAAGAAAGAUGAGAAAACAGUGGAAGAGGAGGCUGUUUCAAAGUCAGAUCAGUCUGAUCUUAAAGCUUCUCCUGAAGAUAACAUCCAGUACCCGCGAAACGAACCAACUCAAGUUUCGGAUGAGCUAAGAGCCAAAAUCCGUGCCAUGUUAGCUGAUACCUUGGGAGAUGGACGUUGAGUAUUUAAACCGAUGUUGAGUUGUAGAACUAAAUUUUUUGUUUUUUUUUGCGAACUAAUUACGAAAUUAUUCUGAAAAAAGACAUUAUAAAGCUUUACAAGGAAAUCUGUGCUUUUGUUAA